CAAAAUCUAUGCCCGCGGGCCGGUCUUAAAAACACGGCCCGGCCAGGUUUGCCCUUAACCAAUGAUUUCAGGGAAGUAGCACGAGCAUCCUCGGCCGAAGCAGCAAUGGAGGAAAAGGCGACCCAGAAAGCGGCGGCGGAGGGGAACCCUUCGCCGGAGUUGUGCCUGAGGAUCCCCGGUGACUACGCCGUCGGCUCCGUCCCCACCGUCCUAUACGUCCCCGACUUCAUCUCCCAGACCGAGCAGUCCCAGCUCCUCCACCAUAUAUACCAGGCACCGGCGCCCAAGUGGAAGAUUUUGAAAAACCGGCGGCUCCAGAACUGGGGAGGAGUGGUGCACGAGAAGGGGCUACUGCCUCAGGCAUUACCUCCAUGGCUUACAAAGAUAACUGACAGAAUCUGCCAGUGGACUGGUUUAUUUCCUUCAGCAAUCAAUCAUGUUCUGAUUAAUGAGUAUCAUCCUAAUCAAGGGAUCAUGCCACACCAAGAUGGUCCUGCCUAUUUUCCUGUUGUCGCUAUCAUAUCCCUUGCUUCACCAGUUGUGCUUGAUUUCACACCCCAUGGAAAGCUAAGAGAGCUCGAACAUACAUAUCUCCAAAAUACACAAUCUGAUGAGUUGCAGGAGAGUAAUGGUUCCUAUAAGGUUGAAGGCACGAAGGAAGCUGGUCCUGCUUCUUCGUCACUUCUACUAAUGCCCUGCAGCCUCUUAAUAUUCAAAGAUCAGGCUUAUACAGACUUCCUACAUGGUAUACAAGACAAUGAGCUGCAUAAUCUAGACAAGGUUGCAAAUAUCUCACAGUGCCCACAAUUCAAGCAUCUAAGCCAUGAUUACAGCCCAGGCAAAGCAGAUAGCAGUGCUAGCUCUGAGCCAAGUGGCACCUUCCGCAGGACCACGACAAGAGUCUCGUUGACGUGCCGGCUAGUGUUGAAUGUGCACAGUAAGCUGUUCAAAUUCUAGUAUCCGUAUGGCCUGCUUACAUCAGCAUGGCCGGGGUGAGAAUGAACUGUAGUAGAUACAGAGAAGUAUGCUAGCAAAUCAGAGGAUGAGAGGAACACACCAUAUUGCCCUUAUCUGGCCGGUAUGAUCGUUUACCAUUCAAAAUGUGAAAUUCACGAUGUAUCCCCUCGGCGGACAGGGUUCACUUGUGCUGCAGUUUAUCCAUGAUUGCAUAUGUUCGUUCUUGA